AUGUGGCGUUCGGAUGAAGAUAAGCCGGGCACGUCGAGUGCAUCGGCGAGACCAUCCACCAAUGGCAAACAUGCUAGUGUGACAAAUUUGGAGCGAUCCAAAUCGUCAACGUCUUUGUUCAAACGGGCAAUUAGUCUUCAAUUCUUGACAAGAAACACGGAAAAUAUUGUGGAUAACGAGAAGGCUGCAUUUAUCAAGAUGAGGUACAAGGACACUGCAAAAUACGUGAUUUGGCCGACGUGUCGACUUCCGGAUAAGAUUGAGCAGCCGAAGCCUGCUCCACUCGUCCCAGUUGCUCGUGACCCACGUACCGUACUCAUGGAGCCCGACUUGGAAGAUCACAAAUCUCCAUACAUGCCAGCUACAAUCAACCACGUCCUCCGUUCGGAUUCUGAAGACUCGAGUGACGCGGAGCAAGUGCUCGAAAUGACACGGUUAUGA